AUGUCUUUGACCGGCAUGCCUAUCUCAUUAAUCUUACACGCUGGUACACCUGAGGUAUGGUCACAACUUCUUCUCCCAGAACUCCAUCGACUCGACGAAGAAGACCUGCCAAUGUGCUUCGAAAGUCUUCUUGAACUCCAGGCGAUAUGUUACAAUCAGAAAGACUCUACGUGA